AUGCUCUGCCGCUGGGACGUGAUACGGGCGAAAUGGGCAAGAGAUUCCAGAGGGUCAGCAGCGGCAACGAGGCUUCAUCCCCCUUGCUUCCACUCCUGUACAGGGCUCCUGCCCGCAGGAGCCGGAUCAACAGCUGCAGCCGCAGUGGCAGGUAGGGCAGGGGCGCCAUGGAGCAAACCUGCAGACUCAACAGAAGCAGAUACACCCCAUGCCAGCCUUGCAGCACCAGCCACAGCAGGGGGCGCCGCGGGUGCUGCAGCGGCAGCCGCAGAGCCGCUCAACGUAACUGUCUUGGGUGCUGGACAGGAUGUUGGACGCAGUGCAAUUUAUGUACGGCGCGGGGAGAGAGGACUCCUUUUCGACUGUGGGAGCCACUUGGGUGCGAAACAGGCGAGAAAACUGCCACUUCUGAACAUGCUGCUGCAACUGACCCCAAACUCGGCCCCGAACCUUGAGCUUAAGACAAUGGAAGAGGCGAUGCUGCAGCCUUCACCGCUAUUCGCGAGCUGUACAGACGCUGCACUCAUCUCGCACUUCCACAUGGACCACUGCGGCUCACUCCCUUCCUUUACAGAACGCCUCGGCUACCGAAAUCCGAUCGCAAUGACUUAUCCCACGCGUGCACUGAGCCCAGUGCUGCUUCUUGACAGUGCUCGUAUCUUUAAGGAAGCAGCUUUCCGCGGCAGGCAGCUCGUGCAGGAAGGUGAGGCUGUCGAUAAUGGGGGGAAAGACGGCAGUGCGAAUGGGAACGGCGGCAACAGCGGUGGCGAUGGCAGAAGCGCAGCCUGUGCCUCUCAGGAACAGUGGAAUUACACAGAAGCUGAGGCACAGCGGUGUAUGAGGCGUUGCGUGGCAUUGCGCCUGCACGAGUCUUGGGAGGCGGGUGGAUGGACAGCCACUCCGUACUACGCCGGCCACGUCUUGGGCGCUGCAAUGCUGCAUGCGCAGCUCCCCGGAGACCUGUCAAUUGUUUAUACAGGCGAUUUCAAUACGGCUCCCGACCGCCAUUUGGGAAGCGCCAGCAUUCAUCGGCUGCGGCCGGAUUUGCUGAUCAGCGAAUGCACGUAUGGUUCUUUUGUGCGGCCUUCUAAAAGGAUAACUGAAAGGGAGUUCUGCGACGCCGUGCAUGAUGCGCUGAAAAAAGGGGGCAAAGUGUUGAUCCCGGUAUUCGCAGUAGGGCGAGCGCAGGAACUCUGCAUGCUGCUGAAUUCUUACUGGCAGCGGAUGCAGCUGCAGUAUCCAAUCUACUUUGGGGGCGGCAUGACUGAAAAGGCUAACAAAUACUACAAACUGUACGUGCAGUGGACUGGCAGCGACUUGGUGCACCGCCUAGACUGCGCCAACACGGUUCAGAGGGCCUUCGCUGACCAUGUCGAGGAGGACCCAGCGUGCACAGACGUGCUGACUGCGCCAACACCAGUGGUCCUUUUGGCAACGCCGGGGAUGUUGCACGGUGGCCUGGCCCUCAAGGCUCUGAAGCUUUGGGCGGGGGGAUCCGAAAACCUCGUGCUGCUUCCGGGAUACUGCGUGCGGGGAACUGUGGGCGCAAUGUUAAUUGAUGGGCAACGGGACAUCCCGCUAGACGCCCGAACGCGACUUAAGGUCUUGUGCAAAGUCCGUUACAUGUCGUUUUCGGCUCAUGCGGAUACAACGGGGAUUCAGCAGCUUGCGCGGCAUUUGCAGCCCAAAGCAGUCAUGUUGGUGCACGGCGAGAAGGAGGGCAUGCUGAAGCUCGCGCGGGUUCUUCAGCGGGAACUUGGUGUUCCAGUCCACACUCCUCCGACAGGCCAAACCGUCUCUCUACCCAUGAGCGCCCCAGAGUGCCGAUUCCCCGUAUACAUUCACGGCCACUGCCUCAGCCGAACGUUGGCCUCUGCUAAAGACGCCGUUCUUGAUCGUGUCUCGCCGCCUAGCGAAGUCUCUUGGGACUGUGACGAUCCUACACUGGCCUCGUUGCUUGGCUCUCCUGCUAUGCAACGCUACUUGUCGCCCACAGCACUCAACUCCCGCUUCGACCCAUGUGCUAGAGGCUCUCUCUCCCCAUAUUUUCUUCCUCGUGCUUCGCUCUUUUUUUCGGUAUCACCAGAGGCUCGUGGGAAGCCUGAAGCAGUUGCAACUGGCAGCGAUGACUCUGCCAAAAGUAGUAGAAAUCCUAGUACGCGGGUUCUCUGCGGAGACGUAAACCUCCUCGUCGACUUCGACAGUCUUGCGGCAGGGUCGUCAACUGUUACGCUUAACGGCUGCGGAAGCUUAAAACACUCCGCUGCCAGGGGAUCGGUGCCUAUAGGGACCACUUCACGUCUGGCACAGCUCAACGCAUUGAUCAGCCCCCCCAACUGUGCGGGGGCUACAUGUUCAAGAGGAAAUACAAAAAAGUCUCUCUAUGCGGAAUCAGCAUCGGCAGUGUCACAGAACACGACGGCGUGCGCAGCUGUUGUGCCGCCCCGCUGCCUACAGCUCGUUGCACUGCGAUAUCGCCAUGAAAUAAGACUAGAAGCGUCGGUUUUUCAACAGCUGCUUCACCUGUUUAUGGAUUACGUCGUGCAGUGUCGACAUGCAUAUGAACAGCAGCGCAUCCAGAGCGGAGUGGCCGAAGGGAAUCCACAAAAUGCAUCACAUGCGCUCGAGACACCCGAGUUUUGCGACUUCGGACCGCGCAUAGAGCUAAGAGAGAUGGAUGGCGGCGGCGUGUUCAUUGCCUUUUUGUCUCUGAUUGCAGUCCAUGAUGGGCAAGGACACCUGCGUAUGCAAUGGGCUGAUGCAGACGAACAACGGCAUGGGGCUGUUUGUGUCUUUGUGGAAUAUUUCUCAGCCAUUGCGGGAGUACCCGCUGCUGGUAAACUUCAUGCCGAGUCGUAA